AAUUUUAGAUCAUGGCAGCUGCUGGUACAGGUGGUACUGCAACUGCGCCGACUGGAACAGAUCAGAAUUUUGAUUAUAUGUUUAAACUGCUGAUUAUUGGUAAUUCAUCGGUGGGCAAGACUUCAUUUCUAUUUCGAUACUGUGAUGACUCUUUUACGUCUGCAUUUGUUUCAACAGUUGGCAUCGAUUUUAAAGUGAAAACAGUGUUUAGAGGAGAUAAACGCGUCAAGUUGCAAAUAUGGGACACUGCAGGACAAGAACGAUAUCGGACUAUAACAACCGCAUAUUACCGUGGAGCGAUGGGUUUCAUCCUUAUGUAUGACAUUACUAACGAAGAGUCAUUCAAUAGCGUUCAAGACUGGUGCACACAAAUCAAGACAUAUUCGUGGGAAAAUGCGCAGGUGGUACUAGUUGGGAAUAAAUGCGACAUGGAUGAUGAGCGAGUGGUGUCAUGUGAACGGGGUAAACAGUUAGCCGAUCAACUUGGCUUAGAAUUUUUCGAAACAUCAGCUAAGGAGAAUAUAAACGUCAAAGCAGUAUUCGAGAAAUUGGUAGAGAUAAUAUGUGAGAAAAUGGCGGAAUCGUUGGAUUCGGAUCCCGCAGCAACGCAUCCUAAAGGACAACGGCUGGAUGCACCGAACAUGCAGAAGCCAUCGUCGUCACAGUGCAACUGCUAACCAAUUUUUAAGUCCUCAUUCCAGAUAGAAUAUUUCGCGAUAUUUCAUCACCAUUAUCUAAUCCAUGGAGAUCCAUGAAUGUCAUAGAGUUAGGCAGUCCUCACAAUAACUGGAUCCUGAGGAGAGUGAAUCCUAACUGAAUCUGAAUUAACUGAACCCUUUAAUUAAGUCAUUCUUACAGCUUUUACUUUGACUCCAUCAGCGCC